AUGCUCUAAAAAGGCUAUGCAGAUUAUUAUCAAAUGAAAAACACAUCUAUUGGAUCUAGUUCUUAAUAAAUUAAAUAUGUUUCUCAAAAUAGUGUUGAAACAGAAAAAUAAAAAUAGGUACUUGAAAAUACAAUUCUAACAAUAUCAAUCUAAAGUAAUUACAUGUUAAAUAGAAUCAACAAAAGAUUUGAUUGCCUUGUUCCUAUCAAAAAAACUCAAUGUAAUUUGCACUAUUUUACUACAUAGGCUAUUUAAUUGACGAAAUGGGAUCAAAAGUGGAUUAUUUAUUUAAGAAAUUCAAUUUAUCAAUUCAUAAUGUGGAUUACAUGAGCGAUCAUAUCAAAAGAUUAACUGAAAAAGUUAAUAACGAUAUUAAAAAAAGAUAAUCGCAAUAUCAAUCAAAUAUUAAAGUUGAAGAUUACAAAAAUUAUUCACAUAUCACUAAAGAGAACUUCUAAAAUAAAUAAGUAACAUUCUUCACAAUAACUAAUAGAUUUUUAAUUCAUUUAGUAAAAUCGAAUAAAAAAGCCUUGAUAGAUAAAAAAGUAAAUUAUCGAACAUCCUUAAUACAUCUCAUAGAAUAGAAAAUCUAGUAACACAUGAAAUUUCGAUUAAUUAAUACAAUGAAAUCAUCCUAGAAAAACUUUUUAUUGAUCAUCAUUUAUAUUAAGUUCUUUAAGAAUUUCUCAAAAAUAAGAAGAAUUCAUUAAUUUAUGAAAAGCUUUUUAGAACUAUAGAAACUUUUGAAACUGCUCAUAAAUUGGAAAUGAAAUUGUUAGGCGAUUAAUUCAAAGAUAUAAUGUAUAAUUACUCACAUGAAGAUAUUUGGUAAUAAUUUAUUUAUAUUAUAAGUGAAAAAAUUAUUAGAAAUACGGUUACUCAUAUAGAAAAUGAUUUGUUAAAAUAAAUUGGACACUUAGAUUUAUAAAAUUUAAAUAGAAAAUUUAAAGAAUAUUAUCUUCCUUAAUUAAAUGACAUUGAAAUAUAUUAAUAAGGAUAAUUUUACCCAAGUGGAAUACUACUUAUUUUAAUGAGAAUUGGAAAAGUGACUGAAGCAGAAAAAUUACUCUAUCCACUAAUAUCUGAUAAUUAAAAGAUAAUUUAAUAGUUUUAAAAUUUUUUCGAUUUAGUUAAUGGAUUAACUUAACAAAAAAGAAUUAUCAAUUAAGUUGAUGUUGAGGAAAUAGAUAGAUAAUAAUGCUGUGAUAUCAUUUUAAGGUAAUGUUAUUGGUUAUUAAUGGACGUAAGUGAAGCAUAUGAUAUAUUUGAAGAAACAAAAUUUCAAAAAGAUAAAGAAUUCUUUUUUUGGAUGAUUAUGAAAACUACUCAUGUAUCUGAAAAAUUUGUGAAUUAUGAAAGACAUGAAUAUGAAUCAAAAAAAUCAUUCCCGCAUUGGACUUUAGCAGAAUUACAUGAAGUAAUUCCUUAAAAUUCUGUAUGUUUGAGAACAAACAUAUUUUUGCAGAGAUAUGAUUACAUUUUAAAUGAAUUAUACAAAAUUCAGAACUCUUGUCUUUCAUAGGUUGAAUAUUUCAUUUUAAAUGCUGUUAUUACAAUUCUAAAUAUUAAAUCAGAAAAUAAUUAAGAAAGUGAAAAAUAACAUAAAUGGAUAAUUGAUAAUUUAGUAAAUUAUACUUAGAAUAAAUAUCCACUUAUUUCAUGUUUGAUUUUAGGUAUUUCCGAAUACAAUUAUGAAUAGAUUGCAAGUUUAUUAUAAAGAAGCAAUCAUGUAGCCUAAGUUUUGAGAGAUAAAGUAAUAAAAGAAAACUUAGAAAAUAUAUUUGGAGCUGAUGAAUUACUCAAAAUAAUAAAUAAAAUGAUUAGCUAGCAUUUUGAGAAGAAUUUACACAUGGCAUUGAAAGAUUUACAAUAAUAAUUGCCUUUGGCUGCAACAAUAAAUUAAAUUUAUGAUUGCUAAACAACAAUCUUAUUGAAAUUAGAUGAAAUGAGUAAUUACAUAAGAUUUUUAUUAAAUUAAAACUAAGAAUCAUUGAUAGUCACAGCUAUAUAUUUAUAUCAUGAAACUUAAUUGGUUUUAAUAAUAUCAAAUUUCAUAUCAAAUUAAUAUUGUUUAUUAAAAUUUGAAGCCAAUCUUGAUAAAAGAUUGAAUUUGGCAAGAAAUUUAGAAACUUUACACCCAAAAAUAAAGAGUUUAGCAAAAAACUGUAAAUAAUAUCAGUAUUUACAGAGAUUUUAAUUAAUUGAAAUAUUUUAAUUAACUUUUGCAUUAAUGAAAGAAGAUUAAAUUUCUUUAGAUGAAAUUAAUUCAAUGUUAGUAAAUAUAAAUGUAUGUGAACUAUCAAAAUUUUUAUUAGAGAUUAAGUAGAUUCAUUUGUUGAAAAUAGUAUUCCAUUAGAUUUUAAAAUUAAUUGAAUAAAAAAAAUGUCUUGAUAAGACAUUCGCAAUGUAAAACUAAAUUAAAAAUAAAUUAGUUAAAAAAUCAAAGAAUUCAAUGAGACUUUGCUCAAAUAUCCUAUUUCAUAAGGAAUAAAAAUUUGUAAUUAGGAUGUUCAAUUUUCUUAGAGUAGUGUAGAUAUACUACACAAUUAUUCAAAGCUAUUGCAGAUUUAUUGA